AACUUCCCGCCCCCUCCCUUUAACCAGUGGCACCAGUCGCCUCGUGUCCAGCAUACACUGCUCAAUUUGCUCUCAACUCGUGGAAAUUCCAUGUGUGAAAAAAGGCACAUACGAAGUAUUUGUUAUUGAGUCUAAUUACAUUGCUAGUUAGAGCUCCAGUCCCCUAAAGGUUAUCUUAGCAGGGGAGAGAAUAGAUGGCAGAUAUAAUCUACUUUUUAUAGUGUUCAAGAAGUGGAAAUUAACUUAUUCUUACUAAAGUUUCUAACUUGUUUGGAAUUUUAGGAUUUUCUAUUUACAUCAGAUAUCAACGUCUUCGGAAUGAAUCUACACACGUGCAUUCAGACAUCACUGGAGAUUGUGUUGAUGGGCAUCAUUUUCUUCACUAAUGCUGUGACGUCAGUGCGCCCAAGAAUGGACAAUGAUGUGCACAAUGUGACCGUGAUAGAAGGUCACGAGGCCAUCUUACCUUGUGUAGUCAACAAUUUAGGUCGACAUCAGGUAAAGGUCAUCUGGCAAGAUAAAUGGAAGACUGUGUUAACACUCAAUGAUAGAAGAAUCAUCGACGAUGAAAGGUUUAAAGUGGACAAUCCAAGAGAUGGACACUGGAAUCUUCAUUUUGACAAAGUCAAGUACGGCGACCAAGGACUGUUCAUCUGCCAGAUCAAUACUGAUCCGCCUCUGAUACAGACUGUCAUACUAUCUGUCAUAGUCCCUCCCAGAAUUCUGUCCGAGCCAAACGAGAACACGUUGAUCUUCAGAGAAGGAGAGAAAGUCACUCUGACCUGCAAUGCUACAGGAAUGCCGAAACCAACAGUCACGUGGUACAGAAAGUCAAGCGUGAAAGGAGAGCCAACAGACAGUGAGUCAUGCACGCCAUUUCCUAGAAUAGGUACAGCCGGAGAGAUUCUCAACAUUUACAACAUCACACGACAUUGCGGGGGAGUGUACGAGUGUGAAGCUGACAAUGGCGUGACACCGAUAGCAACAAAAGCCACAACUGUCAAAGUGAAAUUUCCACCGGAAGUAAAGGUUGCUUCGGAUACAAUAUCACAAGCCAUUGGAAAAGAUACCAUCCUAGAGUGUACAGUAACAGGAUAUCCACAUGGAGAGGCAUUCUGGGAGUUUGGAUUUAAACGGUUGUUUACUUCAGAGAAGUAUAUGUCUGAGGCCUCAUCUUAUAUCGAAGAAGAACAAAAACUCUCCAUUUAUCUGACGAUCAAAAACAUACAGUCAAGUGACUUCGGGGAAUAUUUUUGUUUCGCAUCUAAUGACAUGGGACAUGCUCGGGACAAGAUGGUGCUAGAAGAGUACAAAGAAAAAAAGAAAACGACCCCAGCUCUGAUCAGCACAACAAGUUCCUAUCACUAUCUAAAUAGCAGAGCUAAUCAACCUCAUAACCAGAUCAAAGAGAUCUCACCUUACAAAUCCAAGGGAAGAACUGGAGUCAGCUUAGAGAAAAACGAACUGAUCAAUGGUCAGUCAGAUAAACGAAAACUUCCAACAUCUAGACCUGAAGCUUCCUUACAAAUCCUAGGACAUAAUACAGGACAAAAGUCUCAACUCUUGUGGACAUUCUAUAUCACUUUAUCAAUUAUUUGGUUUACUCUGAUAUAUCAAAACUGUUUAAAUGUGUAAUUUGAUAUUAUGUAUUUUAUUAUUGCUAUCUAGAAGAAUUUAUUUUAAAGUUUGUAUUAAUAUAAUCAACAUCUUCAUAAAUGGAAAGAAAUUAACAGAUUUCAGGUAAAAGAAUACAAUAGAGAACAUAUUCUGGGCCUAGUUCUUCAAUUCUAUUGCAGCCAUAUCAUUGAGUUCUCUUAUUUGAUUCAGUUGUUUAACAUUUGUAGCUUCUCCAAUCAACAAUUGGAGAGAGGGGGGAGGCCGGAGGAGAGAUAAAAUAGUUUUUUGGAAACUUUUACAAUAUAUAAGACUUUCUUAUCAUGUCAUAUUCUUAUUUUAACUUGCAGUGUUCAUAUCACAUUCUGGCACCUAUUUUCUCUAUGUUAAGUCAUUUCAUUCUCAGUGUAUGAAGUAUAGCACAGUGAACACAGGAGAAUGGGAGAUGGGCAUGUUGCUGAGUAUCAGUUCUAAUAAAUGUGGAAUAAUAACAAGUUUUAGUAACGCUGGGCGGUAUGACCAAGUGUGUGUCUGAUAGAAAUGUGAGCUUGAAUAAAUGCCCUAUACUUGUGAGAUUAUCGGAUAUAUUGUAGUACCCUAUACUGGGCCUAUACUACUGUUAGAUGAAGUUCUGCUGAUGAAAGGAGGACUACUGGUGACAAUGUUGAGUCAUUCAAUCAAUAUUUCAACAAUAAAUCAAUGUCAUUCUCUUUGGGAAUUAACUCAGUUCUAGCAUUUGUGUGUAUGUGUGUUUUUGUUGAAUGAAGUCCUUAUUUUUUUGUAAUUGAUUAUGAUUAGAUUAAAUUACUGAUAUUUUAAUUGUAUUUUUAUUUGUUGAAAGUAUUCCAUGAAUACAGUGGUUCUCAUUUUGUUGUCUACAAGACACCACUACCCCCCAAUAGUGAUACAAACAACAUUCAUGCAUUAUUCAAUCCUGUGAUGUUUCAAAAUUAACAUACAAAAAAAUAAAGCAUAAAUAUAAAUGCUUAUGGAAAAAAAACAGAAUGGUGAUAUUUCUGAAAUAUUUAAGAUUUUUUUUCAAUAUGUAUAAUUUUUUAAACUAUUACAGCUCCAUGAGUUCCAAAGCACUUGUUAUUUAAGUUAUCAAUGUUGUUUUUUGACUUUUUUUUUUUCAAAAUCAUUAGUGACUAUUUUAAAACUAUUUUGACACCUGUCUGUGUGUAUCCUAAUCAUGUUUUACUACUUCCUUAAUGUGUUGGGUCAGUACUAACAUGGUGUCCAUCAAUAUGUCAAUUUACAUUGUAUAAAGUCAUUCACCAGAUGUCCAUCCAUCACAAGUGUACAAAUAAUUUUUGGUUGUUUUUAAAUAAAAUGCAUUGUAGGUUU